AUGCCACCAAGCAGUUGGUGCGAGGAGCCAGUGUUUCACUCCCAGACGCAGGCUCUGCCUUGCCAGACGCUCGCUAUGGAACUCCUUGAGACCAACCCUUAUUUUUUCGCAGACCAGAGGUUUUACGACGGGGAAAACUACCUGAGCCCUCGCUUGCAUGGCUACGAGCAGACGGCCUACCAAGACCGAACAGCCAUGACCCUGUGCCCCGAAAGCAGGGCUGGCUUAGAGGAGAAGGCCUCAUCCCUGCCAGACCACAGUCCCGGCCAGUGUCUGCCCUGGGCGUGCAAAGUGUGCAAGAGGAAAAGCGUCUCCAUUGACAGGCGCCGGGCUGCCACCCUGAGGGAGAAGCGCCGGCUGAAGAAAGUCAAUGAGGCCUUUGAAGCUCUGAAGAGGAGCACUUUAUUGAACCCCAACCAGCGGCUUCCCAAGGUGGAGAUCUUGCGCAGUGCCAUCCAGUACAUUGAGCGCUUGCAAGCUCUGCUCAGUACUCUCAAUCAGCAGGAGAGGGACCAGCGAGAACUGCGCUACUGCAACUCCAGCACCCAAGCGGUGGUGACUAGUGACCAUGGAUCCAGCAGCACCUCAUGCAGCCCUGAAUGGAGCACCCAGCUAGACUUUAGCACUCAUCCUGGAGAUCAUUUGCUGAGUGAUGAUUCUUCCGAAGACCACAAUCUUCACUCGCUGUCUUCGAUUGUGGACAGUAUUGCUGUGGAGGAUGUGGCCGUUGCGUUCCAAGAGGAGAGGGCUCAGAACUGAGGAUCCAGACAGUGGUGUCCAUCUCAGUCUUUUUUUAUUUAAAAAAAACAACCAAAAUCACCAGCAGAUUGUAGGGUAGAAGAAACAUGAUACUAGGACUUUGCAAUUAGGAGAAGUUUCUCUCCUCUCCUCACUAACACUGGAUGAUGUUCCAAAGGGGGGGAAAGUUCUCCUUCCCAACUAACACUGGAUAUUUUUUCCCCAUGCCAAAGUCAUAGACUUUAACCACUGAAGCCACUUGUUCAAUUCCAUAUACUGAAAAGUGGUUCUUUUUUUCUUCUGCGUUCCCCCAGAGGCAAGCUAAUGAGAGAGGGGCCUAGUAAUUUUCAUAAUGUCUGCCUGCUUUCCAGAAAGGUAGGAUAUCAUGACUUUACUGAUAAGCUUAUGGAUCUCAUUUCCUCUGGAAAUUGGGCUGGAGUUGACUGAUCAAAGCGUUCUGAUAUAUUACUGGGAACACUAAGGGUGAGAGAAAUUACACUCCUGUGGCCUGUAAAGGAAGUAUUCCAGUGUGGCCUUUGUUCUUUCUUCCGUUUUUGUAGAAGUUUUGUUUCUUUUGGGGGCCAAUGGUCUUUUUUUCUAAAGAAAUGUGGGUGUGUGCAAGUGUGUAUUUUUUAAUUUUACUUUAAAAAUACUGUCUGACCAACUUCUUUUGGCAGUCUGCAAUUUCCAGGCCCAGAAGCCGUAUAAAAUGCUGCCUCUGAAGUCUUUUCUACUGUGUGAAGUUACCUUUUUUUGUAUUUUUGCUAAUUUAUUGUGGGAUUUCUUUUUUAAAAAAAUAAAGGAUUUUUUUGGAAUUUCUUCUGAGAUUGUGUGGAAGA